AUGAUGAAACUGUCGUGGGUCCGUGCUUUCUCUACAUCUGGAAGCCUUCGAAAAGCAGGCUACUCACUGGUAGAGCCUGUGCACCACCUUGUGAAAGUCAACAAGGCUGCUUUGAGCCCCAAAUACCAGGAUGUCUUGAUUCCCAAAGACGACGUCAGAUCCCUUGGAUUCAAGCCUGCCGAGUUUGAGCAGGACAGAGUCAAAGAACACUUCCACAAUACGCUCGAAAGCGACUUGAUGCUUGCGCUCUAUGAACACGAUGCCGAGACCAUAGUUGGUGAGAAGAGAAGAAGGUGGGAUCCUGACUCGCCGUAUGCCCUCUAUCGUCAUCUCAGAAAAACAAGACACGUCAAUAGACCACAGAGAGACAUUCAUCCUAUAGGACCAGAGAAUGUCCCACAACUUACCGGAAUCUCCAUCAACUUGUUCUCGAAAGAAGUGCUUAAUGAACCAUACCACAACAUCGCUGCCAGAUUGCAGCUUGCACAGCUCACGAAUGUCAAGCCUCAGCAGACCAAGGUCAAGGUCAACUACCAGCAGUGGAAACUCAGAAGAGGUAAGAGAUGUGGAGCUAAGGUCGAAAUCAGCGGACAGGACAUGUCUCAGUUCAUGACCACCUUGACCGAGUUGGUCUUGCCAAGAAUCAGAGACUUUUCAGGCAUCAAGGAGUCCAGCGGUGACAAUAAUGGUAAUAUCUCUAUCGGUUUGCGUCCAGAAGACGUCAAGUUCUUCCCUGAGAUCGAGCACUUCCAGGACUUGUACCCCAAGCUUUUCGGAUUCCACAUUACGUUCAAGACCACCGCAAGAACUGAUGAGGCCGCUAAGACUUUACUCAGUUCGCUCGGUUUCCCAUUCCGCAAAUAG